AUGCCGAACCAAGUUGUCGUUAACGACAUGGCAAUUUAUAACGCUGAGCUGUGCUUCGAUGCGACAACGACACGAUUUUGCUUGAUAACGCCGAGCCCUGUAUUAAAGGCGGAUACCUUCGUUGAUCGAGAUGAAGAAACUGCCGAGCACGGUGACAGUGGUGCCGAGACGAGCACCUCUGUUGAUCAAAGCGACGAGGUCACCGAGGUGGAGAGUCGAGACAAAUCUGUCGAGGCCGAGGCGAGGUCUUGUGCGGCACAUAUUUUUACGAGAUCUCAUGAUGGUGGGGCAGAUAUUUUGACGGACUCUUCCCAUGGUUCGGCUCCUAAACGUGGUGAUACCAUCAAUCUUUCCAAGGUGAAGGCCGAGGAAGAGAUUUUUCCGUUCGAUCCGGUCGAGGCGAAGCGAGAAAUUGAACGCCUAAUGUCGAGCCGAGCCGCCUCAUCUUCCAGCCGAACUAGGGUUCGAAAGAAGAGGCUUCGACCAGAUCCUCCCGGCUCGUCCUUAUCUUCAGUCGAAUCCCUAGAAGCCCUUCGGAAUCGUUUCAGGAUUUCUGAGGAGGUUGAGUUUGUUGUACCGAGGCCCAGCGAUCGUGCUCAUCUUUCGCCUCCUGAUCACUUCACCAUCUAUGAAAGCUUCUUCGAUCUCUGCUUUCUUUGGUUCCCUAUUUCCGAAGUGAUUCUUCGAUACCUCUGGAAACACGGGAUAUCCAUUGGUCAGAUUAUGCCGAGAGGAUUAUGGCAUAUGACUGGGAUUUUGGUGCGGAGUUACGAAUAUCGCAUAGACAUCGAGCUCGACCAUCUGUUGAAUUUGUUGAAAAUCCGUAAGGCUCCUGGGGGGAAGAAAUUUUAUAUCUCGAGCAAGGCGCGCCGAAAGAUUAUCAGCGGUUUCCCGAGCAAGGACAGUUUUUGGGAUGAUUGUUUCUUCUUCGUCCGGGUCAAUGGGGCAUUAGUUGGUGACAGCUUCAUCCGCAAGACCAAGACUGAUUGGAGACCGCUUGUUCGCGACUUUCUUCCCCUGUGCCCUGACAAUCUGUUCGAAGUUCGGGAUACGCUAGCUGCUAACCGAACCCACUGGAAACGCCAUUUCUCGCUGGAAAGAGUCGAACGAGCCCGGCGAUACUCGCGACAAGAUGGUGAUGGAGACUUUCCGGGAGAGGAAGAAGAGAGAAGCCGAGCCACAGAGGCUGCUAAAAGAGACGAGAACGAGCUGAAGGAUGCACAGCAGGCUGGGAAUGAGGCACCUGUGUUCGGCUCGGGGGACAAAGGUGACCAGAGCACUGGCUUGGGGGACAAAGGUGACCCGAGGCGACCUCUAAUGUUCCCGACGAGCAGAGGUCGUCCGCUGCACGAGGCGGCGAAUCGCAAGCGCUCUGCUGCGAAGAAGGGCAAAGGCAUUGUUCCCGACGAAGGCGAGCCGCUUAAGAAGAGACAGAAAGCGGCUGCUGGCGAGCUGAACCUGAAAAAGCUUGUCGUGGACGAUGUUACUGCUUCUGCCCAAUUGUUCUUCAGGGUUAAUAACAACAAGGUUUCUUUGCCGCGCCCCGAAAAGCUUAAGCACCCGAUGUCUUACGCCGCAAUGGCUCAGCGUAGUACUAAGUUUAUCGCCGCGGUGAACGAGCUGUUGGCGGACUACGAAUCCGAUGCGCUCAAAGAGGAGGAGAAAGGGGCUAUCAGAGCCGAGCUCGAGAAGACGACGACUCGAUUCGAGGAAUCUCAUUGUCGGAAAAACAACGAGAUUGCUUCUCUGAAGAGGCAAAUCGCAGCGAAGGACGCAUUGCUCGAGUCUCGAGUCAAAAUUGCCCAGAAAGAAGCCAGACGCACUGCCACGGCUAAGUUUCAGGAAAGGCUUGCUGAGAUUGAAGGGAGAAUGGGUAAUCUGGAGAGAGCCAAGAGGGACGAGAACAACCUUGGUCAAAUUCGGAGUAACCUCGUGCUAAUUGGCGAUCUCCAAAAGCCAGAUGCCAGUCUCGAUGCCGAAGAGGAGAAGCUGAGGAAUUGGGAGGCCGAGCUACUGGGAGCCGAGGAGACGUUCGAGCGUGCUGCAACAGACUUACGGGAGAAGCUGGUUGUUUCUUCGGUAUCUCCAGAUUCUGUUGAUUCUCGCUUGGGGACCAAACUGCUAGAGGUCACUGCGGCUUUAGUUGGGGUUACGAAUCCCACCGGUUCGAACAUCGACACUCCGAGGGCUACUGAUCUUGCCGCCGAGGGCGUUCCUGAGCUGCGUGCAGGAGAUCAGUAG